UAUUAUGUAAUUUCAUGAGAAGUUUGUUCUACAAAUAUUUUGUGAAACAAAUAGUCACCGGAACAAGUGUUUUGUGGAACAAAUAGUAGUGAUCCAUUCUGUGCCAAUAUCUCGAAGUAAUUAAGUAAAUAAACAAUAAUUUUUUUGAUAUUUGAUAAGGUUUUCAAAAGAAAAUAAUAUGCCUAGAUCCUAAAUAGAUCUAUUUUGUAUUUUUUUUUUCAAGUUAAUACUUUGACAAGUAUAACGAUUUAAAAUUUGAUAAUUUUCUAAUCUUGCUUUGAUUUUAAAGUUUAAUGAAAAACAAAUCGGUAAUAGUACCUACUACUCGAGAGAUUGUCCGAAACGAUGAGAAAAUACCAACAAUUGCUGUUGGUGCUUGUGUCUUUUGUCAGUGUCACUUCACUAUUGUUGUACAGGUAUGAAUACAUGCAGCUUUUGAAUGUCUUAGAAGUGCUCAACUUUUUCGGUUAUACAGCCGAUAACAUGACGAAAUGUAUUCUACUCGAGGACAAGUUCUAUGUGGAUAUGGAAAAUGACAAUUUAUUAGCAAAAGCACCUGUUUCUUGGAUUAAACGCGAUCAGUACUAUGCGUACUCUGCCUUCUGGUCUGCUCAACAACAAUCUGUUCAUUUGCAGAUUCUAGGCCCAAGUACAGCAUUCUCUGGUUACGAAUGUCGUGUAUGGUUUAAAAUAGCAGAUCAGUUUGUUUCCAAGACGGCCAAACUUUCUUACAAUAUUAAAACUAAUAACCGUGAUCCAAAUUUUCAUCAAUAUGAGGUUCAUUGUAAACCUGAUGUUCCUGUCAACACUGAACCAUAUGGAGUUUUGCUGGGACGGGAUAAUUCAUUAAAAUUAUUCAUACCAAUCAUAAUUCAAAAAGAAUCUUCCAUUAAAGAUGAUCUGAUUGUAUGUAUUGCACCUGAUUAUUCUGGCAUUCCUGAUACAUAUCUUGUAGAAUUCAUUGCUUAUCAUACAUUGUUAGGGGUUCGUCAUUUUGUAGUUUAUGAUAUUGGCAUACAUUACCAAGUUAUUGAAUUUUUACGUUCAAUUGCUGGCCACAAUGAUUUAUAUAAAACUUUUUCUACGCUCUCUUGGCAGUUUCCUUCGACUGAUUUACACUUAGAAAAGUCAAUUUUACAAAAAGAUUGUUUGCAAAGAACACAGGGUCUUGCAAAACAUAGUAUUUUAUUAUCAUGGGAUCAGUACUUAAUGUUAAACAAGAAUGAAAGAUUGAAUUCUUUAAAGAAUGACAUCGAAUAUACAUUCGAAGUAAAGAAAUGUUGUAAUAAUCGGCAGUUAAAAAAAUCCUUGCCUAUGGCUAUGAAGAAAACAAUAUGUGAAAAGACCAAUGAAACAGUAAAUACUAUCAUUGAUGACCAAAUCACAAACUAUCAAUCGCCUACAAAAAUGGGAUCAAUACAUAGGUUGGAAGAAGUAUGUGAAAAAAUCUAUGGAAAAGAUGACAAAAAUCUGACGGCUAGGUAUUUAAUUAAUUUUGUUCAAAGUAAACUGUUAAGCUUAUGGAAAUCUCAAUUAAAAUUAUCCAUUACACGUGCAAAAAAUAAUAAUGUGAUAAAUCUGUAAAAAAAACAUUCUUGAAUUUAUUUUGACUGUAACAUUUAAAAAGGAAUUAUAUGCAUAUUUUUUUAGAGUAUAUUUUUAUACAAAAUCAAAUAAAUAUUACUAUUUUAAAUAAUUAAA